AUGCCGCAGUGGCGUCACGCGCCCUGCCAGGAGUGUGACCCUCAAACAAGCCGACUUCUCAUUUCUGGCCACUGCAUUUUCGAUCAAAACGGAGCAGAGGUAAAGAAACGGCCGAAAAGAGCAAGUGGGCGAGCAGACAUGGCUAUAUUCGAGAUUGUCAGCCAGCUGGUGCCGGAGGCGGUCAAGCAGCACAAGAGCCUACAGACAUGGACGCCAGGGCGGUCACCUCUGUCGACUGUGCCCCAAGUCACGGUAGCAGUAGCCAGCUACCUCUCCUUGCUGUGGCUCGGACAGCAGAUCAUGGCGAACCGUAAACCGCUCAAGUUGAAAGGCCUCUUCAUGCUCCAUAACACCAUCUUGACCGUCGGCAGCUUCAUCGUCUUUGUCCUCAUGGCAGAAGAGGUUGCGCCCAUCAUCCGCCAAGGUGGAUUGUUCCAUGCCUACUGCUCACCUGCCGGCUGGACAAGUCGCCUCGAGACACUUUACAUCAUCAACUAUGUCUUCAAAUACGUAGAAUUCAUCGAUACGCUCUUCCUAGUCGCCAAGAAGAAGCCACUACAGUUCCUGCACGUCUUCCAUCAUUCUGCGACGGCCGUGCUCUGCUACACCCAGCUCGAAGGCCGCACUUCGCCGUCUUGGGUCGUGAUCAGCAUCAAUCUGCUCAUUCAUACCUUUAUGUAUUACUACUACCUUGCGUCGACGGCUGGCUUCAAGAUCUGGUGGAAAAAAUACCUGACGAUGGGCGUGGUUGACCUGUUCAUCGUCUACUAUGGCACAUACAACCAUUUUGCGACGACCUAUGCGCCUAAAGCACUUCCCAGCCAGGGCGACUGCAACGGUGCAGAGAGUGCUGCUCUCUUCGGCUGCGGCCUCCUGACGAGCUAUCUCUUCUUGUUCAUCGCGUUCUAUCGCCAGACAUACAAGAAGAGUGCCAAGGGUGGCCGCGCACGGUAUGCUCGUACUGAUCACUUCGUCGAGCCAAGCACGCUGACUAUGCUGCCGGUGUUGACAGAGCUGCAUCCAUUGCGGCAAGACAAGUUGCCUCGAAUUGCGAAGGCCCAAACGUUGAGACGACUGCCAACGGCAAUGGUAACGGCUCGACCUCGGCCAAGAAGCGCCAAUAGAUUGCCUGCCGCGCUUGCUCGGGCUAAGCGUCGCAGCACGCUAUCGAAUAAGCAUGCUCGCGGUUUACUAGUUACUCGCUCUUGCCAUUUGUAUAGACCUUUCCUACGCCGUGUACUAGGCCAACCUCGCGCAUUGCAGAGAAACCACGUCGACAGCCACGUCGACAGCCGCGACGACGUAGUCGUACCCUCCGAUGUCGUACUGAUGGAUUCCUUGCACGAGGCACUCGAGCGCAAGGAUUGGGGGCUUGCGCUCGCCACAGCCGCCAAUUUGGGUCUCGACGCCGACUGGAUAUUGCAACGACGAUGGCUUAGCAGCUCGCCUCAGACGACUGCAGAAGUAAAUGAUCUUCUGCGCAACGUCAGAGAUAAGAUAUGGGUCGCGGCCGCAUGCCUUGAUGCUGAGAACGCGUCAUCAGUCGAGGUGCAAAGGGCGAUUAUCUCAGCUGGGCUCGAGGCCACGACGAGCUCAGCACAAGCUCACGAUGGACUGCGUGGCCUCUUUACACCCGCAUACGCUGCAAAUGCGCCUCUACUCACUGUCGACGGGCUGCUGACGCUCUUUGCCGCGUCGCCCGAGGCUCACAGGACCUGUUUGCUCAGGAAGAACUUGUGCGAGCUAUCGUACGACUUUGAAACCUUUGCCCUGCUCAGUCACGCACGUAGAUCGGAAGACGAGCCAGAGAUAGAGCUUGAUGAGGAUCCCUGGGCAGCGGAUGAGGACCCGGCCGAACGAACAACGCAGGCGCAGGCCAAGCCGAGCACGCUCACUCUGGGCGCACGCCUAGCAGCUUUCCUUGAGCAGCCACUCCUGCAAGUAGCAUAUCAAGCUGCUGCAGCCGGAAAUGCAAUCGAUCUGCGCAUACUGAUCGAGCGUCACUUUGAUGUGCUCUCGACCCAUCUGCUUGACCUGGUAGACUGCUUGCCCGAAUACGCAGACCCGUCGGCAUACGCUGAUAUGCUACGACCGGACGCACUCAGCCUCACUGUCAGACCGUCAGAUUGGUCCUCACACCCUACGCUGGCAUCCGCUCUCGCUAGACUGGACAACGUGCCGUCGCCCAAGAUAGCUUCUGCUCGCGCCUUGCCAUCCGCUGAAGCGCUGUCAGAAUGGUAUCGACGUCGAGCAGAGCGCAUUGACAGCACAUACGGUCUCACGGACAUUGCUCUCUCGCUCGUACAGCACGGCGCGUCUCAAGGCGUAGCUGAGCUCGAUGCUCUGGGCGAGGAGCUCAGUCUGCUAUCGAAGCUCGUCUACGAUAGACCGCCUGUGUCACGCACGGCAAGGGCGACAGAGGCGCCUUGGACACUGCUUACCUGGCGUGCCGCAAGCGAUGAACAGAUUUUGAGGACUUACCUUGCUCGCUCGACGCCCGAGACUAUUGCUGUCGAUAUCCGAAGGCUGGCCUUGCCAUUCUUGUACGUGCUCGAGAGCAGGUACGAGCGACAAGGCAAGGCAGACUCGCAGUUGCCUCAGCGCAUGCUGCGCGACUACAUCCUGUCGGUCUCUGAAUCUCGCUUGGACCUGUUUGCAGCAGUCGUUCAGGCCUCGAAGCCAACAUUGCCGGACGCACAGCGCAUCAUAAAGUCUGACGACGCCCUUGCUCGCUUGGCUUUAGCUGCUUUGUAUGCCAACAAAAGCCUCGAGAGCUGGGACACGAUGAGCAAAGUCUUCGAAUGCAUGCCGGCUUUCGAAGACGCUACAGAUCCUAACGCCACGGGCCCAAAUGCAGUGUUUUACGCUCUGCAAGCCGUCAACGAAGCGAUCUCCACAAAGCAGGGCCCAGCACAGAGCCUGUAUAAUCAGUUGGCUGCCGUCAACCGGACAGAAUUGUCUCGUGCGCUGGAUCACCUAGACGUACAUUUGCUGUCUGCAGAGAUUUUCGCUAAAUGGAGCGUGCCCACCAAUCUGGCCUGGUUUCUCAACACCCAAGAUAACAAAGCUGCACAGCAAGCAUAUGCAACCAAGAUGGCUCGACAAGCUGCUGGACCUAUCGAAGAGGGAGGCGCUCAAUUUGACAGCGAAGACGAAUGGGUCGGUUUGAUGGAUGACAUGGUGCAGCUCACCCGGCCGGGCGAAAGUGGAGCCUCUGGACCGUUCCAUCUCCUUACAAAAGACGAGAUUCUGCGGACAUUUUUCUCUGGCCUGCUCGCAGCUGGCAAAUUUACGCUCGCCCGAAGUCUACUCAAUCCAUCGACCGGCGAGCGACCUCUGGGACUUGAAACUGAGCGCGAGCUUGUUCUGCUGGCUUCACGGGAACUCUACGAUACGUCUGAUACCCUCAACAUGCACAAGGGUAACAUGCAACUUGCAUACGAAUGCUUGACUGUAUGUCAGCCGAGUCCAGAGAUAAGACGGGAACGCGAGUUUAUUGAAGCCACGAGCCGACUGGCGAGCUUCAAGUCAUCUUCCAGCUUGAGUCCUAUCGAGGUUCGUAUGUACGACGACAAGUUAGCGCUUCUCGAGCGACUCUUGGCGAGCAACGAAGACGCAUACCGCCACCCUGAUGUGUUGCUCGAUCUGGCGCUCAAGCUUGGCUAUCGACACGAUAAGCUGGCGGAAGUGCGGGUGCUCUCCAUGCUUGCACAAUCCGCGCUUAAAUCUCAUGACUGGCCCAAAGCUGCAGAGCUCAGCGAUCGGAUGGUCGAAGCAGUUGCUAGCAUGCGUCGCGUCUCUGCACAAGCACAGCUAGCCGAGGAAGCAGCGAAAUUUGCUUGGCAGUCUUGUUAUCAGCUGGGCGCCAAUCCGGAAUAUCGGGAUUGCGUGCGACGCUCGAAGUUGCUUGGCAGCUCACUACUGCUCUGCCCAGUCGACCGAAUCCCGGAGAUGCUGACGUACUGGCGCAAAGUCGAGCAGGAAGUCUUUGCGAGCUCCGCGCGCAAGGGGAAAGAUCCAGCAACACCUGGUACAGCGCUCUUCUCCCAAUCAGUGACAGCCAUGCAAGCGCAAUCUGCCCAAUUGUCAUCGGAGGCAGCGGCGCGAGCUGCUAGAUCUCUUGGAAGGGCCGCCACCUCCUACUUGCCGUUCAGAAACUCUCCUUCGCACGAGCGCACGAGCAGUGGCGAUCACAGGCAACCUGAAUUGGGCGCCGAGCGACUGAAGAACGCGCUGACGGGCGGCAUAGGCUGGCUGAUCGGGGCAGAUGACGAACACGGGCGACGAUGA